AUGGAUUGUGAUCAUGACAUCUAUUAUGGAUAUAGUGGUUACAAUCCCAUUGAUAAAGAUCAAGAUUUUCUAUCUAGUGAUAUUGAUAUUGACAUUGACAGAAUCCUCCAUUCGGACGAAGAUUCCAUGCAUUUGGAUGAUUUCAGCCGUAGGAUAAGCCAAGAUGUUGAAUUGAAAGCGGAUUUAAAUACCCAUUUACAAGAAAUUCAAGAUGAGCUAAUGGAGGAGAGCAGCCUGACUGAUCUCUUGCUGGCGGCAGCCGAGGCGGUUCAGGCGAAGAAUCCGGCCAUGGCUUUGGCUUUAGUCGAAAGGCUUAAUAGCAGUGAUCUCUUCAUUGGUAAAAAUGAGAUAUUUGAAAAUGGUGAUUCAUUCAACAGGCUGGCAUUCUUCUUUACUCAGGCAAUCCAUUCUAUAUCAACAACAUGUAUAAAUCAUGAUUCUGGUGUUCAAAACAGAGGAAUUAAUCUCAUAACUGCCUUCCAAAUGCUUCAAGAGCUUUCCCCAUAUGUCAAAUUUGCUCAUUUCACAGCAAAUCAAGCGAUUCUCGAAGCCACGGAACGAAUCCGUUCAAUCCAUGUGGUUGAUUUUGAUAUCAUGGAAGGAAUCCAAUGGCCUCCAUUGAUGGCUGAUUUGGCUGCACGAAAGGGUAUAGCUACUUUCCUUAGAAUAACCGCGGUUUCGAGAAAAGGGCAGAUUCUUCAACAGACGGGAAGAAGGUUGAAGGAGUUUGCUGAUUCAAUUGGUCUUGAUUUCGCGUUUGAUCAGAUUGCGAUUGAGGAAGAGGAUGAAUUCGAGAGAAUUCGUAGUCAUGGAUAUGAGGAUCGUGAUCGUGUGUUCAUAGCUAAUUGUAUGAUCAACCAGUUCUACAUGCCACAAAGAAGUAUGUCCGAGAUCAAGACCUUUCUGAGAGGAGUUCAAAGGCUGGAUCCAAAGAUUAUAGUCUUGGUUGAAGAAGAGUUGUUUAAAGGAGUUCAAUCAAUGUCAUUUGUGGAGUUCUUUUGUGAGGCUCUUCAUCAUUACAAUGCUUUAUCUGAUUCAUUGAUUGGUGGGCUUUGUGGGGGUUACAAGAUAGCAUUGAGGCUCAUAGAGAAGGAGUUCAUAAGAGUUCGGAUUUCGGAAAGUUUAAGGAAUUUCCAAUCAUAUGAAGAUGGGUUUUUGCCAUUGAAGGGAUUAAGGUCAAUUCCAAUGAGUUAUUCCAAUGUUUCUCAAGCAAGAUUCUUGGUGAGCUUGUUUAGUGGAGGUUAUUGGUUGCAGCAUGAAAAGGGUAGUUUGUCUUUGUGUUGGAAAUCAAAACCUUUGACCACAGCUACCAUUUUGGUGCCAAUAAAAACCAAAUCUUGUCCCUAA